GUUAUCCUCAUCAUUCUAACUUUUCCACUCUUGCCGUUUUGUUCCCCGUCUCUCCAGGUUACACAUUACAAACAGUACCCUCCCAACACAAGUAAAGUGUACUCCUACUUCGAGUGCCGUGAGAAGAGGACGGACCCCACCAAGAGCAGGAAAGUCAAAUAUGACAAAACCGUCUUCUACGGCUUACAGUACAUCCUCCACAAAUACCUGAAGGGAAAGGUUGUGACUCCGGCGAAGAUCCAGGAGGCAAAGGAAGUAUACAGAGAACACUUCCAGGAUGAUGUUUUCAACGAGAAAGGCUGGACUUACAUUUUGGAGAAAUACAAUGGACACUUGCCCAUUGAAAUCAAGGCGGUGCCAGAGGGCAGUGUCAUUCCCCGUGGCAACGUUUUGUUCACUGUGGAGAGCACAGAUCCUGAGUGCUACUGGCUCACCAACUGGGUGGAGACAAUCCUGGUUCAGAUCUGGUAUCCCAUCACUGUGGCAACCAACUCCAGAGAGCAGAAGAAGAUCCUUGCCAAGUACCUGUUAGAGACUUCUGGAAACUUAGAGAAACUCGAGUACAAACUACAUGACUUUGGCUACAGGGGCGUCUCAUCACAAGAGACUGCAGGCAUAGGGGCCUCCGCCCAUCUGGUCAACUUCAAGGGCACAGACACGGUCGCAGGCAUCGGUGUCAUUAAGAAGUUCUACGGCACUAAGGACCCCGUGCCAGGCUUCUCAGUGCCUGCUGCAGAACACAGCACGAUCACAGCGUGGGGAAAGGAUCAUGAAAAAGAUGCCUUUGAGCACAUCAUCACGCAGUUUCCCAAUGUGCCCGUAUCCAUAGUUAGCGACAGCUAUGACAUCUACAAUGCCUGCGAGAAGAUCUGGGGAGAAGACCUGCGGGGGCUGAUAGAGAAGCGCAGCGCGGAUGCUCCGUUGGUCGUUCGACCAGACUCAGGAAACCCACUCGAUACAGUUCUGAAGGUUUUGGAGAUCCUGGGUAAAAAGUUCACUCCGACGGAGAACUCCAAAGGUUUUAAGGUUCUCCCUCCUUACAUCAGAGUCAUUCAAGGAGACGGAGUUGACAUCAACACACUGCAAGAGAUCGUUGAGGGUAUGAAGCAACACAGGUGGUCCAUCGAGAACAUCGCCUUCGGCUCCGGAGGGGCUCUGCUGCAGAAACUGACCAGAGAUCUGCUCAACUGCUCCUUCAAAUGCAGCUACGUUGUCACCAAUGGACUGGGGGUGAACGUGUUCAAGGAUCCUGUGGCCGAUCCAAACAAGAGGUCAAAGAAAGGUCGUCUGUCUCUGCACCGGACGCAGAGCGGAGACUUUGUCACCCUGGAGGAGGGCAAGGGCGACCUGGAGGAGUAUGGCGUGGACCUGUUGCACACAGUCUUCCAGAACGGGAAAAUUGUGAAGACGUACACAUUCGAUGAAGUCAGAGACAAUGCUAAGCUCAAAGAGAAGGAGCUUGAAGAGCUGCUGUACUGAACGCAGCAGCACCUCCCCAAGCCCCAACACCCAGCCCACCCUAAACCCAAUACAACCCCCACCCCAUCCAACCCUUUCACCUUUUCGUCUCCAUCGUCAUCCCAGAAAAAUGGAGGAAGCGAGCACUGCGAAUAGGCCCCCCCCCCACUCCCGAAGCCUGAGAACCCCCUGAAAUGUUCCUAACAACCCCCUCAAAAUUCGAGGAGCUUAACCCCUUUGUUCUGAAAAUGCUGUUGGUUGGUUCUCCACUGGAGGGGGAGGGGUUUGGAAAAUUCUGGAUUAAUGGCAAAACCCCUGUUUGAGUGUGAGCUUGUAAAAAAGAGAACGAAUAAAAUGUGUGCGAGGUUCAGUAAGCGAUCUGAUUUCAAUGACGAGCCGCAGGUUCACGUCUCCAUGCCGCUGCCGCUUCUGUCCCCAAAUUUGAACGGUGGCACGUUGCACUGAUCGGCUGCACAUAUUGUAAACGUAAAGAUUGUGAGGCGGCUGCUGAUAACGUGUCGGCAGACAUUUCCACAGGCAGACAAGGAAGCCAAUACAAUAAGAUUGUAGUUAUUCUUUCUGGAAUAAGCAGCUGAAUGAGCGGUGAACGCACGGUGAGCCAAAGUUUAGAAUGUUCCUGACUGAAAAAGACAUCCACACCACAUCAGUGACCGCGCCCCAUGUAUAGAAAUAUUAAGUAAAGAAAUCGAUGUCUGAUUCUACUUAGCUUUGUCUUUUAUGUGAAGGAUGCAGAGGAUGAUCAUGAAAUAUAACGGUGCACCUUUAACACCCACCAGUCACAGCUGAAGCCUGGGCCACACUGAGUGCUUGUGCAGCGCUGUGUCGCUGAUCUGUUGCGUCACGUCUUUGUGCGUGUCAGCUACAGAGCUGCUGCGCGGGGGCUCUGACUGCUGUUUUUCCUCGGAUAAAAGUACCCUAUAUAUACUCUACUAAAUACCUACAGUACCAAGCUGUGAAUCCUCCUGAUCGUUCAAUAAAAAAAAUAAAACCCUAAAAACAAAUGAAUAGCAUCAGACAAGAGAAACGCAAGUGUUUGAAAAUGGGUACAGGGAGUGCUGCAGAUUAAUGUUUGUGACAUAUUCGGCAGAUGAAAGAUCAUUUUCACUGUCCAUUUUGUUGUGAACUGCACGCAGACAAAAUAGGAGCCCCCCCCCCCCGACUAUCUUGGACACCGAGACGACGAGCGAGACAUCCUGUGAUGCACGCACACCCCUCAGGCAUCCAGUGUGGCCCGGGUGUCAGACUGUACGGGUGAUGAAGGAAUCCACCCUCCCAUCUUUCUUGCUUUUAAUCAACAGUUUCAAGAGGCCAACAUCAACAUCUCUUCUUUACUCUGCUUCACAAAAUGUUACUGGUGCAUGUCCACAGUUAUAGAAAGGAUCAUCUGCUGCCCUCAGUGCAUUCACAUCACGAUGGAUCAACUCCUUCUCAUGUAGGCAACCUCGAAGUGAUGCUCUUGAAUUUCAAAUACAAACGUGUAACCAAUGGCAGAAAUCGUCUCCACCGGAAUGAAGACGAUUUAACUAAGUGUUUAUUGAAGAUUAAAUGUUGGCUCUGA